AUGACUCUGAUGAUGAGCCUCCCUCAGGACAUCCUCGGACUAUUAAAGAUAGAACAUAUAAGUGUCCCCAGGACUUGCUUCCUGGUAGUGAUGUAUGCCCCGCUGAAACGGCAGAGGCGCCGGUUAACCCGUCCGCCCCGCCCCUUGCCGCCUGAUUCAGAGGAUCAAGAAGGGAUGAAUAGCCCCUCCGGAGAAAUUGAUGGGGGCUAUAGAGCGGCAGGAAAAACAGGAAAAGCAGCCAUUGUGUGGCAUGAUGGCCAGCAAUGGCAACAGAAGAUAGAACAGCAAGAAGGCUCCCCUCAAGCUGUAGAACUUCGAGCAACGGUGAUGGUGUUUCAACAUUUUCCAGAUCCUGUAAAUGUUGUCACCGAUUCAGCUUAUGCGGCGGGUUUGGUUCAAAGAUUGGAUAAGGCUAUGCAUGGACAAGGCAUUGUAGAAGGCGCCUAUAGAACUCUAAAGCAUAUGCUUCAAAAACAAAAAGGGGGAAUGAUGGGUGAGGGCCCGGAGGCCCGACUUAACAAGGCCACAUACUGGACCGUGAUGGGUGUCCGCACGACUGGUAAAACCCUACUUAGAAGUGUCAUCGCCUGCUGCAGUCUCCUCAGAGUAGUGGUUGCAAUAUGGGUACCAUCGCAGCCCAAGAUGAACUUAUCGGUAGGGGGUUCCCCCAGACCUCCAGUGAUGGGGUUUGGCACUCCCCUGACCCAUCCCAUGCUGGUGUUUGAAGGGGCUGCGGAGGUGAGGCUGGCGGAUGGCGGCAGGCGCUGUGCUGGGAGAGUGGAGGUGAAACACAAUGGCGAGUGGGGGACCGUGUGUGAUGACGACUGGAGCAUGAACGAUGCGGCAGUGCCAACAAUGCUGAGGGUCCCCAUGCUGGAAACACCCGGGGGCACUUGCUUGGCGCUCCACGCCUUGGAGGAACGGCAUGAGAUGGCUGACCCUCCUGGGCCAUUCCCCUUCACAGGCAUGAAACACACAGGGUUCAGGCUGGUGAACGGCAGCACAGCAUGUGCAGGGACGGUAGAGGUCCAGGUGCUGGGGACCUGGGGGACCCUCUGUGCCUCCCGCUGGGAUCUGUCGGAUGCCCACGUUCUCUGUCGUCAACUCAACUGUGGGUUUGCUGAGUCCAUUCCUGGAGGAGAGCAUUUUGGGAGAGAGACUGGCCCUGUCUGGAGAGACUCAUUCCACUGUGACGGGACAGAAGCCCACCUGGGACAGUGCCCAGUGAUCACCCUGGGGGCCUCACCAUGCUCCCACGGGAACAACGCUGCUGUCAUUUGCUCAGGCUCAGCCGGCUUUGCAUCCCUGCGGCUGGCGGGUGGAGGGAGCCGGUGCGAUGGACGAGUGGAGAUCUUCCAGAAUGGGACGUGGGGCAGAGUCCUGGAUGACCAGUGGGACGUGCAGGAGGCCAGCGUGGUGUGCCGGCAGCUGCGGUGUGGAGAGGCAGAGGAAGCCUACAACCCCCCAAAGCCCCAGAGAGGGAUGGGUCCCGUGGGGCUGCGAGGGGUCCGGUGCGCAGGGCACGAGGCCAACCUGGCCCUCUGCAACACCUCCCUGCCCAAGAGUUCACCGGUGGCAGGGAUUGUGGAGGACGUGGGAGUCAUUUGCUGGGGGAGCCGGAGGGUCCAGCUGGUGAACGGGUCCGGGCGCUGCGCUGGGAGAGUGGAGAUCUACUACCAGGGCAUCUGGGGGACUGUCUGUGACGAUGGCUGGGACCUGUCUGAUGCCGCCGUCGUUUGCCACCAGCUGGGCUGUGGAGGGGCAGUGGAGGCAGCCAGCUCCGCUCGGUUUGGGACAGGCUCCAGGCAGAUCUGGCUGGAUGGCGUGAACUGCUCUGGGGCUGAAGCUGCUCUCUGGGACUGCCCUGCCAGGCCCUGGGGGCAGCACGACUGCGGGCACAAAGAGGAUGCGGGAGUCAUCUGCUCAGAGUUCGUGGCCCUGAGGCUGGAGAACAGUGAUGGCUGCUCCGGGCGCCUGCAGGUUUUCUACAACGGGACGUGGGGCAGCAUUUGCUCCAACUCCAUGACUCUCGACACAGUGUCGCUGGCAUGCAAGGAGCUGGGCUGCGGGGAUGGAGGAUCCCUGGAAACACAGCUGCCUUAUGGAAGGGUGUCUGGCCCUACGUGGCUGGAUAACAUGCAGUGUGGGGAGAAAACCAGCUCCUUCUGGCAGUGUCCCUCUGCUCCCUGGAACCCACGGUCAUGUGAAGACCUGAGAGAGGAGAUCCACAUCACCUGCAAUGGGAGACGCCCAGAAAUGCCCUCGAUCCCACUGGCCCCGUGCCCCAACUCCACGACGUGCACAGACAGGGAGAAGAUUCGUGCCGUGGGAGGUGAGGACGGGUGCUCGGGCAGAGUGGAGGUGUGGCACCGUGGCUCUUGGGGGACGGUGUGCGACGACUCCUGGGACAUGCGGGAUGCUGAGGUGGCGUGCAGGCAGCUGGGCUGUGGCCCCACGGUGUCUGCCUUGCAUGAGGCUGCGUUUGGGAUGGGGAUGGGCCCCAUCUGGCUGGAGCAGGUGGAGUGCCGUGGGACAGAGCCAUCUCUGCAGGACUGCUGGGCCCGGCCUGGGGAUGGCGGUGCUUGCCGGCAUAAGGAAGAUGCUGCCAUGAACUGCUCAGGUGAGACAGCAGCAUCCCCACCCCGAGCAGAUUCCCCCCAGGGCCGUCUGAGUGGCAGUGGGAGAGUCUCAGUGCCUGUCAUCAUCUGCAUCAUCCUGGGGGCCCUUCUCUGCCUGCUCCUGGCCCUCCUGGCUGGGCAAGCACUAAGCAGCAGGGCUGGGCGCAGGGGCUCCAGGAGUGCUCAGGAGCCCUUCCCUGAGGCCCUGUACGAGGAGAUCGGUUACAGCCCAGUGUGGGAGAAGCAGGCGAGGUUUCCUCGCUCAGUGACACCCGCGGAGUGA